GUGACAUGUUUGUGGUGGACGAGGGCUCCUCAGCCUGUCUAUGUGGGGGAGUGCUGGGGGCUGAGGACCCCGAUACGUACCCUGAAGAGCUCCUCUUCAUCCUGGAAAACCCACCACUACAGGGCUUCCUGGAGAACACCCUGCCCUCGCCAGGCUUUGAGAAGAGCAACGCAGGCCUCAGAGUGGGUCAGUGGCACACAGAUCCUUAAAGUGAUAGCUGAAGGGAAGUUCAUGCCAAAUCUAUAUUUGGGUGGAAGUCCCCAUACCUGUGUCUGAAGGCCCAUAGUGACAGAAUCAACAAUAAUCCAUUGUUCACUUCUGCCACAGCUAGGAGUUAGCAUAAUUAGCAUCAUCCAAAUUCAUGAAUGUAAACAGCGGUACCGAUGUAAGCAAAGCUGCAUUGCAAGCAGAAACUUCCUCAAAAACACUUAAAACUAAGUUCAGUAGUUGGUGCAGGGAUUUUUUAAACACGCAUACUGCUGAAAUAAUCGCUGGGAUUUUGUCACUCAAAACUGGAACUAUUUCCAUAUGUAGUCUCAAAGCCGCAACUGUUUCUGUUGUUUUCUGUAACAUGAACAAUAAAGUUAUAUUGUAUUCCAUUGGGCACUCAGAUCCGGAUUGAUUACCAGCUGUGAACAAACUCACCAAUGGCUAUCAGAGCAUUGGAAUAUUCUGAUACUACUUCAAAAAUAACGACGGGCAAGAAAACAUGGACAGGUUCUUCGCGAGCAUCGACACUUCCAAACUUAGUUUUAAGUGUUUUUGAGGAAGUUGUGGCUUGCAAUAUAGCUUUUCUAACAUCGGUACCGUUGUUUACAUUCAUGAAUUUGGAAAAUGCAAAUUAUUCUAACUCCUGGCUGUGGCAGAAGUAAACAAUGGAUUAUUGUAGUUUCUGUCAAUAUAAGCCUUCAGACAGAACUCAAGGCAAGGGGAAUUCCACCCAAAUAUAGAUUUAGCAUGAACUAUCCCUUAAGCUCUGUAGUCAAAAGGUUAGCCAUGGUUAGUUCACCACACCAUGGUUAGUUCUAAGUUGGCCAUUAGUUAUCUUGCUGAUAUCUACUGACACAAGCUAUUAUGACUGUUUAAAAAAAAAGAAUACCUUAAUCCGGCUCAAAGGACAAGGAAUUCUAUAUCCGGUUCGAAGGACCAAUAAGGGACAGCCUUUUUAACACAUGUUAUAUCAUGCUUAUAUGGCAGUAAAGCUUUGUGACUAUCACAUUUUUUUUUGAAUUAUGUGAAUAAGAUACUGCCUAGGCCCACUGUUCUCCCAUACACUGCUGUUGUGUUCGGUGUACUCAGUCUCAGCCAGAAUGGACCUUGCACACAGUUAACUCUAAGUCGACAAGAGUACAAUGAAACAUAUUCAUUUCUACUCAUACCCCUGCUGUGUUGUUGUUGUGUGUUCAGUCUCAUUCAGCCUGCUCCACCUCAGAGCCGGCUACAUCAACUACGUCCAGGCGGAGCACCAGGGGACUGAGCCCACCGUGGACCAGCUGGUGAUCAGUGUGAGCGACGGGAUGCACAAGUCUACCCCCGUCCCCUUCUACAUCAUCAUCCACCCCACCAACGACGAGACUCCCUCUCUGAUGCUUAGCAACUUCACCGUAAGUCGCCUCACAUCCAUCCAUCUAACGCUUGAAGUCUUUGGCCAUGUUUAAAUACUUUGGAAAAUGCACCCUCCUGUCAUCCCACUGAUCUGACACGACUUGGUGGGUCUAAGCUAUGGAGUGGAAUCUUUGCUUUCGCAUAUCCAACCGUGUUAGACUAGUGAUUACCUCAAGGAAGGGAGAGAGGAAGGAGGCAUUUUCACAGUGUUCAAACAGGUCCAUGGUCCGCGACGGAGUCUUCCCUCUCUUCCUAUGACGUCUCCUCCAUCUCCUCACACCACACCUGCUUAAUUUCCUUCCUUCCUUCCUUUCUUUCCCUUCGGACUCAUCCUCCUUUUCCUCAUCCCUCUUUUUCCCCAGGUGAUAGAGGGAGGGAUGAAGGAGCUGAGUCCGGCCAUUUUGAACGCGUUGGACUUGGACGCCCCGGCGGACAUUUUGACCUUCACAGUGUUGGUUCCCCCAGCCCACGGGACCCUGCUGAACGGGAUCUAUGGAACGGAGAUGAGCCGCUAUAAGAAAAUGGGCCCCAAGCUACUGCUGCAGAGCCUGAUUGUACAUACCUUCACCAUGGAGGAGCUCAAACAAGGUGAGACACUUGAAUUGUAUGUAUAUGUCGGAAGCACCACUGUAGCCCUAAAAGUAUUUGCCCUUAGGGGACCAAUAAUGAUUUAAACAGAAUUGAUUUGAAUAAUCUUAUUCAGUUUAUGGUCGAAAUAUUGCAAUAAACUCUACAGGAGCAUAUGGCUUACUGUAGGCCUAUGUCUGUUAUUCUAUGCACCGGGAAGAAUUGUUGUGCACCGUUGUUUUUUAUCUAUAGUAAGGCAGCAGUUGCCUUCAUGUAUCUGUGUAUUCUUUUGGUUUAGUGCCAUAUGUUGACUAGUGUCAUUUGUUAGUCUAUGCCUUUCUGGGUUUAAGGUUGUUGGGUUGUUAUUCGGGGGGUACAGUAUUUGCAUCCCACUACAAGGCCAGCCUGCCCCUUCCUCCCUUCCUUCCAGAGGGCUGUGCGUUGUGUUGUCAUCGUCGUCGGGGUCAGGCCCCUGCUGAACAGAUGUUCGAGACAGAGGUCGCAGAGCGCCCGUGGUGCUGCUGCUGCUGUCUCCGCUGCACACGGUCCUUCCAACUGCUCUCUCUCUCUCUCUCUCUCUCUCUCUCUCUCUCUCUCUCUCUCUCUCUCUCUCUCUCUCUCUCUCUCUCUCUCUCUCUCUCUCUCUCUCUGCUGCCUGCACAAUUACCUCACAGCCACUGUACACUGAGUGUUCAGUCACUGAGCACACACACAGACAUGCACACACACAUGCAAGUGCGUACACACAUACACAAGUAUGCACAUACACGCACACACUCCUUGUUAGCAGCUGACCCAUGGAAACAUAGGUGAACAAGGCUUUAGGUCAAUCUGUUUGUUUUGGCUUCUUCAAAGACCAUAGCAAUAGUGAAAAUUGCCAAUGUGUUUGUGUGAUGAGCCCAAUUUGAUACUGUUGAAAAAACGAGUGGAAAAUGUGAUGCGUUGACAGCACUCCUUUUUCGCAACAAAACAUUACAGUUCUUGGAAAAGUUAGUUUCUCAUUUCAACGACAUAUUUAAAUUUUUUGUAGAAAUACUUCAAUGUCUCUACCCUAAAAACAUACAUUUACACAGGUUGCUACUCUAUUUACAACACGACCGAACACCCCAACCCAAAAUCCCACCAAAAUCCCACCAAUCUGUCCUCCCGUUCACCCUCUCCCACCCUCUCCCUGACUCUUCCCCUCUUGGCCCCUAUCUGCAGGAAUGAGGAUCAUGUACAUGCACGAUGACACGGAAACCCUGAAGGAUUCGUUCACUGUGCAGCUGACAGAUGGCCGCCACACAAUCCAGGGGACCGCUCGCCUCCUUGUCCUACCAGUCAACGAUGAAAAGCCCCGGCUGCUAAAGUAAGGAUAAGAAGAACGCCCUGGGAGGAACACUCGGAGCCAAGAAGGGGAUAAGGGAGGGUUGGGUGAGGAAGGGGAGGGAGGGGGAGGAAGGGAAUGUGGGGGUGGGGGGAAGAGAGGGAUCGGGAAAGAAAGGGGGUGAGUGAAGGUGGGCAAGAAAGCGGAUGGAAUGGAGGGAGGGAGGGAAGGGGAGGUGGAGGAUUGGGGCAGAAGGGGGGUGGGGAGGGUGGGGGGGUAUGGACUCGGGGGUCAACACACACAAACCUAUACAGCACAUGUGGCGGGUAUGGGAGUAUGUUAAAUCUCCCUGUGUCCCCCACUCGAAUGAGUGACUGGGAAUCAAGUUACAUCCUUGAAUAGGUCCUCCUCUGUCCUCCUCCUCCUCCUCCUCCUCCUCCUCCUCCUCCUGUUGUUCCACUAUUUCUCCUUAGAUCAGGAGUUUUUUUGAAUCAGUGCGUUGGCACGGGUUGCAGUCCAUAAAGGCCGCAUAGGCAGAAGUAAUGUGGCUUUUUGGCAGAUGCCCACUUCCUUGUUUGCGGUGCCCUGGUGGAUGGCUCUGACAGGUCUCUCCUGCUCGCCUGGCCCAUUGUUCCAUGCCAGGCAGCAGGGGGAGGGAGGGGAUCUGGUGUUGUUGACGUGUGUUCAGGAUGAGGACUCAUCUGAGCGUGCUAGGUUUAGGGAGGCUAGGGUGUUAGGGGCUCUGUGGCCCUAGCUGCAUGUGUCUUUCUCUAUCUCUGUGGCCCACUGUGUUUGUCCUUCUCUCUCUGGGCUGGGGCCCCUCAGUUGACUGGUGCUAGUCGGCACUGCUUGUAGGGAGCUGUAUAUGAGUUGGAACUGGUACUUUGCUCACGUGUGUACCUUCUCCUCCUUUUGUCCCCAAUGUCUCUGUGGCCCUCAGUGUCUUUGCUGGGGGUUGUACGCUCUAAUAAUGUCUCUCUCUCUCUCGCUUUCUCUUUCUCUCAGUAGCCCCUAGUAUUUAUUUGUGUUUCUGUGGUCCUGACCAUCUCGUGUAUCUUCUCUGUUAGAAAUGCAGGUGUGGAGGUGGACUGGAUGGACAGGAGGGUGAUCUCCAGUGUGGUGUUGGAGGCAGAAGACCUGGACACUCCUCCCAGUAAGCUCUACUACAUCCUCAACGCUGGGCCCAGGUUUGGCAGGCUGCAGCUCAAGGUUAGUGCAAAGCAUGGCCCCUCUUCAAAUGAUACUGAGAAUCAAGAUAUUUAAUAACGCUAUCUAUAGCGUCUCCAGAUACACCUGACGUCACCCUCCUGACCUACAUCUGACCAUGUGUAAAAGUAACAUUUUAGUGUGUCCUCUUCCCUUUGUGCAGGCAGAAGCUGGCUGGACAGACGUGGGAGCGGGUCAGAACUUCACCCAGGAGGACGUGGAGCUGAACCGCGUGUGGUACGCCCACACUACCGGCACCGGGUUCAAAGGUCAUGACAGCAUCCGUUUCAUCCUCAGUGACCUAGACAACGAGACUCCUCCUCAGAGCUUCUUCAUCUCAGUACGCACCAUCCAGAAGGGUGAGGACAGGACAGCCACAUGGACACGGUGUCAUUGUUAUUAUUAGUGUGCUUGUUGAAAUACUUUAAGACAAAUAAGCACGCACAUUUUUUUCAGGAAAUUUCGUUUUCUAGUUCCUUGUAAUUUGUCUUUAACAUUUUGAGAUGGGCCAUCUCUUCCUCUCUGGAGGAGCCUCCUCUUUUAUCCGCAUAAUGGAACUACUUUAUCAAUCACAUGCUAGCACAUAGUCGCAUAUUGUCUCUACAUCUAGCAUUACGUAGUACUUAGCUGGCAAAGAAAAAGGUAAAUAAAUAGGUAAAUUCAGUCACUGAACUUUUCCUAGACAGGUUACAGCACUCAGCUACAGCACUACCCAACAGUAUACCACAACAGUACACCUCGUUAACCCACCAAGACACAACAACAACCACCUGGGUGACGCAUGGCACGGCAGCCAUUUUGUGCCUCAACGCAUCACACACGCAUCAGCAGCGGCCCAAAGCAAACUUUCUCCAGCCACUGCGUCUUGGCCAUGUAUAAUUGAAUAGGUGGCUUUCCCUAUAGCCAGGCCAGCUUUGCCAGUUGGGUGAGCAUGACAUGCGAGGCGGGGUGAAGCGAAGAGUUGAGGAGAGGGAGUGCAAUCAGUGGUGCGCUUGGCCCUCUUGGCUCAGUGCCCUCUGAUCCUGGAGGAGCGAAGGUGAGAAAAGCCCAUGCGCUCAGCACCGCAGGAAGAGCCACCUCGGAACGUGAAUAAUUGAAGGAUGUAGGGAGUGAACAGAUGUAGAGUUUUGGUUGCCUCUGCAGUUCUCUUGUUGUUGUGUUGUCGUCAUCAUUGCUCUCUCAAGUCGCUGCCAGGCUAUUAUUGAAAACAAACCAUUCAUACGGGUUUUUGGUACAGUUCAUAUUGUGCUAGCCUAUCAAAUCAAGUGCAUCUAAGUUAAGCUGACAGUCCCUGAUUUCGGGCACUAUCAUGCUUUAUUUGAUGCUUAUAAUACACUUUUAUCUAUUUUAUAACUCAGAAAGAAAAAAAUGAAGCAUUGAUACAUUUAACAGUGAAAUAGACACAAAAAGCUGCUAUUGCUUGACGUAAUGACUGUUCUCAUGUGUCCAGGUGACAUAUUGCUGGUCACCAGGCCGGUCACCCUGAUGGAGGGAGAGCGGCUCAUCCUGACCACAGACAUCCUACUGGCUACGGACGGGGCGGCCAGACCGGGGGAGCUGCUCUACACCGUGUCCAUCCCGCCCAAACAUGGACACGUCCACGCCGUCCAGCAUCCCGGAAUGCCGUUCCACGCCUUCUCCCAGCUGGACGUGGCGGCUCAGCGUGUGUGUUACACCCACGACAACAGUCACACGGCUGAGCAGGACUCCUUCAGGUCAGACUGACACGUUGUAGUAUUUUGUUUCAUUUUGUAUUUUUUGGUUGGACAUACAAGACAUAGGAUAGAUACAAACAUUUAUUGGAAUAGUCUAUAUCCAUUUUCUUUAGACUGACACAUUAGUUGAAUAUUGGAUGAUCGAAUUUAAAGCUUUUAUUGUUCAUUCAGAUUUCAUUGGAUGUGUAUUUGGCUCAAAUUUCAGGCACAAUUAUGUAAACAAUAAAAAAAAUAUAUCUCCUUUUGACUUAAAAAGAUAUGGCAUAAAAUGUCAUUAAUUGGUCUGUUGAUUUUGACUGAAUAAGGAAGAUGUUAGAUUUUUUAAAUCACCGACACGGUGCCUGCCCAAAAAGUAUCACACAUAAAAAGAAGCAAGAGAUGAGAGCGGCCUGCUACAGUAUGUUUAUGUGCUUCUUCCAGACAAUUUGGCAGGGGGCUUGGGUGGUGAGAGAGAUGGCGGGCGUAUGACUGACCUGUCCUCUCCUCUGUCUGCUCUCCUUUCCGUCCCUGGUGUGUCUGAGGACGCUGGUUUGUCACCCAGAAGCCUGGCACACACACACACACACAAACACACACACACACAGAGCCUGGCUGUGUUUCACCUCAGGGUCAGCUGGGAGCCAGGAGCCUUUCUGCAGCCAAGCUAUCAAAGGACGAGAGGAGAUGAGAGGGGGGAGCACUUUAGUGGGCGCACACACACUGCGUAUGCUCUCUGCCAAAGAGGGAGGUGAUAGCCGUCCGGCAUGGGGCAGUAGUGAUGGUAUUUCUUAACUGACACAUUGAACCCAAUAGAGCAAUCAGCCAUGUUAUCCACCCGCUUCUAAGAACUCAAAUACAAACUGACUACAUCCUUAGAUCUAAAGCAUCCAUCUAUUUAACUGUGACUAGUUCUACUGGGUUCUACUGGGUUCUACUUGGUUCUGGUUAAACCCAUGUGUAUGAGCGUAUCUGACCAGCUCCAUGCUGUAUUGGUGUGUGCUACAGAAUGUUCCAUUUGGAGGGUGACUGGUGGCAGUGUGUGAUGGCAGCGGUUGGAGCCUCGGAUGGGGCCACACCUGAGCACACACCUGUGCGUAAGAGCAGGGGCCUGGCUCAGGCCCCAGGCAGAAGGUGUUUUCUAUGCCCCCCUCUUCUGGUCGCCGUGACAGCGGAUGAUGAAUGGGCAUUAUUAGGAGAAUGAUAACGCCGGCUGGCAUCGGUUGCCAUGGCGGCCAGAAAGGAGUGUACAGAGUACAGACAGACAGGCAUCUCUGGGAACAAUUACCUAGCAAAUAUGGGAUGGUGGAGGUGGCAGAUGUUGCACCGGUUUGGCUUAGAGAGGGGGACCUGUGUGUGUGUGUGUGUGUGUGGUGGCCAGUGUUUGUCAUGGUGGAGCCUAGGGCAGUUCUCAGCUGCAGGGCUGCAGGGCUGUGUGUGUGAGAGGCAGAUUGACUUGGCAGCGAGUUGAACGAGGGCUAAAAUCUGUCCACACACACACCACUGUCCCAAUUUCAGCUCCAGUGCAUUGUCAUUGUAGCAUGUGGUGAGCCAUGGACCGGUCUGUGAACACACAAGACUCAUCCAGCUUAAAAAUGGGAAAGGGGCCCUUAUGAUUGAUUCAUUGCCUUUUUACAUUGGAUCUGUAAUAAUAGCUAGCCUCAUCAUGGGAGAAUAAUGUGAUGGAUUUUGUGUUUUUAGAUAACUUUGAGAUUAUAUUGAUUUUGGUAGUUAUUUUUCAAUGCUAUAGCAAUUUAUUUUUAAAUAACUUUCUAUCAUACAGAUCGUGUUUGCCAGUGGCAUCAUGCAAAAAUUGCCUGAUUGCUUAUCAUUUAAUUUGUACACUUUCCCCAUCUAUCUUUUGCUGUUAUACAAGAUGUCCACGAGUUGGCAUUAGCCCUUUGAACUGUACCUCCAUCUCCUGUGUUUUAAUGGAUACACCACCGCAAUAGCCCACAGCAAAACCACCAGUUCACCUCAUUAUACAGUCCUUUACCAACCAAUCCUAACCCGUUUUUACACCAACCGUGAUCUGUGCUUUCUGUGCCGAACUACACAACAAUAACCAAAUUUCAUCCAUCCACUUUUCCAUUUCCUCCCCACAGCUUCGUCGUCACCAACGGCAUCAGCUCCCGCAGCGGCUCCCUGCACUUCACCAUAGAACACGGUGACCGGAUCCCGCCGUCCCUCAACUGCAAUACUGGCCUCCAACUGACAGAGGGAGCGGUGAAGACCAUCACACCAGACCACCUGGAGCUCACCGACCCCGAUACUGCUGUGGGGAAUCUGACCUAUGCCCUCACCCAGCCCCCGCAGUACGGCAAGCUGCUCCUCAAGGGGUACCCACUGACGGUACCCCGUUUUACCCAGACUGAUAUCAACAACAUGGACCUGGCUUACCAACACUACCAGGGCAGCCUGGCCCAGAUUGACAGAUUUAGUCUGAUGCCGUCUGAUGGUACUAACAGAGGAUACCUGGAGUAUGGACAGCUGAAGGAGGAGCCGCUGUUCUUCACAAUACAGGUGGGCUUUACUGGUUUUUAUACUUCACCAAAUCUUGUAUGCCAGGGAGGUAUUCUGAUCUUUUUUUCACUUAUCUCUGAAAAGAUCUGAUGUGAUUGGUAAAAAGACCAAUUAGUGAAAAAAAGGUUGAAUUGGGUUGCCUGCGUGAACGCAGCCCAAGUGUCAAAUCAAAUCAAAUCAAAUCUUAUUGGCCACAUGCGCCGAAUACAACAGGUGCAGACAUUACAGUGAAAUGCUUACUUACAGCCCUUAACCAACAGUGCAUUUCUUCAGAAUAUGAGCGCUGAUCUAGGACCAGUUAUGCCUUUUAGAUCAUUAUUAUACAAUGCUCCCUCCCUCCACUCCAGUCCCGAACUGCUUUAAUCAACUCUUCAUUUUCCCCUAAAAUAUUCUUAUUUUUAUUUCCUUUUUGUUUGUGUCCUGUAAUUCAGCUUUUAGCUGUGAAUGUGUACAAGCUCAAAUAAACCUUACUAUAAUAUACACUGAGUGUACAAAACAUUAGGAACACUUUCAAUUACAUAGACUGACCAGGUGAAUCCAGGUGAAAGCUACAGUAUAGCUACUUAUUGAUGUCACUUGUUAAAUCCACUUCAAUCAGUGUAGAUGAAGGGGAGGGGACAGGUUAAAGAAGGAUUUUUAAGCCUUGAGACAAUUGAAACAUUGAUUGUGUAUGUGUACGAUUUAGAGAGUGAAUGGGGAAGACAAAGGAUUUAAAUGCCUUUGAACGGGGUAUGGUAGUAGGUGCCAGGCGCACUGGUUUGAGUGUGUUAAGAACUGCAACGCUGCUGGUUUUUCACGCUCAACAGUUUCUUGUGUGUAUCAUUGGAGUCAACAUGGAAUGCUUUUGACACCUUGUAGAGUCCAUACCCCGACAAAUUAAGGGUGUUCUGGGGGCAAAACUCAAUAUUAGGAAAAUGUUCUUAGUGUUCUUAGACAUGAAGGACCUGAUCCUAGAUCAGCGUUCUUACACUUAGACACUUUGUGAAUAUGAACCCAGGCUUCUAAGCCUAUAGUGUCACCAGACAUACAGUACACAGAUGUACUAAACGUUUGCAGCUUUUAUUUGCCAAACGCAAAUAAAGUAUAAAAGCGAGAACCAAAUUUUUGUUAAAAUAAAAUGAAGAAAAGGUUCAUAAUAACCGAAGUGCAACUAUCAAUCAUGCUUUUUUCCAAACAAUCAUUUCUACUUCCCACAAGCAAUUAUUUCAACAUGAGCUAUCUUUGUAGUGGUAUUCACUCAGACAGGGAGAGAGGAGAGAGUUAACCCUCCCUACAGUAUUGCAUACUAACCUGUCAGGCUGCUGGGCUGUUGUGGCCAGGUCGAUGGGGCUGCUGCUGUGACACUCUGUUCCUUGUGCCUCCCCUCUCCUGUGGCCCGCCACGCACUCACAUAUUCUAGAGCUGAAACGGUCAGCCAGGCGGAUAACCUGCUGGCCAGCCUACCCUGCCCUGGGCCUCUGUGUGUGUGUGGGGGGGGGGGGGGGUCAUAAGCAGGCCUGGCCAGCAAAUGUUCCCCUCGGUCUAGCGAGACUCUCUUUCUGUCACUUGGCUAGGGCCGCGCUACACUACCGUGAGCCAAACAGCGCGGGUCCGCUCCUCUCGAAUGCUCAACAUCUGGCCCCCUUAAGACUGUACAAUGCAUAAUAUGCCUUAAUAAGUAUAUAGGUUGAGAACUGUUGUGUAAGAGCACAGUUUGAAAGAUAUGGCAUAUAGAACCAAACCAGAUGGACAUCAUGAAAAUGAUCGAAGAGGUUGAGGGUAGAGGAAGUUCAGGAGUAAAAACAAACAAAAUAUAAUGAUUGUAAAAUUGACUGUGUCCAUAAAAUGUAUAUUGUAUGUAUAAGCUGGAAGUAUAGGCCUAAGCAUUGUUCACUAGUUUACUCCAAUUAGGGGAGGGGUGGUGGGGUUGGAAAGUAAUAAAGGGAAAAAAAAAUGUUUUAAAGGAUAUGUAUAUAUAUGUAUGUAUAUGUAUUUAUAUGUGUGUAUGUAUGUAUGUGUAUAUAUAUGUAUGUGUGUAUAUAUAUAUAUAUAUAUAUAUAUAUAUAUAUAUAUAUAUAUAUAUUUGCGAAAUAAAACAUAUGGGGGAUUGGAAGGUACAAUCUAUCUGCAAUAUAAAAGGUGAUCUACCCCCUAAAAAACAAAAAAAACAAAAAACAAAAGUGAUUAGAAAAAAUAGAUACAAAAAUUUAAGACUGUACCAUGCAUUCAGUACAGUAGCACUAGCAUAAUGAAUAAUGUCUACAACAGACCUCACAAGUGGAGGACCUCAGAGGGUAUAGUACAGGUAGUGCAUGAUAACAAGCUGUGUAAAUAACUAUAUCACGUAUAUCCUUCAUAUAUUUGCCCUUAUUGCUCUCCAAUUGUUCUCUGUAUGCAAUCAGAGGACUUUAUUUGGGCCAAACAUCAUAAUUUUUGUCUGAUAUGUUACUAAAAAGAACGUACCAGAAUACAAUACAAUACUCUUUUUUUUAUUGCAUCUAUGAAGAGGACUUGCUAUCUACUACAGUGGAAUUAAGAUACUCACACCAACGGUUCUGUUGUCAUGAGACAUAAUCAGAGCACCCUCUUCUGGCCUUUUGAUAGAAGUGCAUGUGACAGUACAUUUACUGUGGUCACUAACACUGGUCAUGGAGACCCACAUGGUGUGCAGGUUUUUGUUCCAGCCCAGCACUAACACCCUUGAUUCAACUAAUCAGCUGAUCACCAAGACCUUGAUUAGUUUAAUCAGUUGUGUGUAUUAGUGCUGGGCAGGAACAAAAGCCUGCACAACAUGUGGGUCUCCAGGACCAGUAUUUGCUGAAAGGAUUUGUCAUGGGCCUCCAGAUUCUCAAAACUACAGCUUCACCAUUGAGAGCAUCUUGACUGGCUGCAUCACCGCUUGGUAUGGCAACUGCGGCAUACGACCGCAAGGCACUACAGAGUGUAGUGCGUACAGCCAAGUACAUCAUUGGGGCCGACCUCCCUGCCAUCCAGGACCUCUAUACCAGGCGUGUCAGAGGAAGGCCCUAAAAAUUAUCAAAGAUUCCAGCCACCCUAGUCAUAGACUGUUCUCUCUGCUACUGCACGGCAAGCGGUACCGGAGCGCCAAGUCUGGGACCAAAAGGCUCCUGAACAGCUUCUAUCCCCAAGCCAUAAGACAUCUGAACAGUUAAGCACCUGGACUAUUUGCAUUGGCCCCCUUCUUUUUUUUUGCACUGAUAUUCUUGCACUGGCUCUAUGCACACUCACUGGACUCUACUCACAUGUACUACACUGACACUCCAACACACACACACACACACCCUCACACACAGACACAUUUUCCACUCUCCACAUACGCUGCUGCUACUCUAUUUCUUAUCUAACCUGAUUGCCUAGUCAAUUUUACCCCUGCCCACAUGUACAUACAGUAUUACCUCAACGACCUCAUACACCUGCACAUUGACUCGGUACCGGUACUCCGUGUAUAUAGCCUCGUUAUUGUUAUUUUAUUGCGUUACCAUUUCUUUUUUUUGUGUAUAAUAUUUUGUUAUUAUAAUGUUUUUGAUUUGGAACAACCUUUAAUUGGACAUAGUGCACUUACAACAAAACACCAGUAGAGGGUUCUCUGAUUACAUGACCACAGAACCCAACCAACUUACUGCACUGCUUUUAAACUGAAACACCGUGGUCACAUUAAGGCACGCAUUGGAAAUGUUUAAAAAAAGUUUUUCAACACAAAAAACGAAAAUGAACGUUUCUGAUUGGACAAGUCUAGUUAAUCCCUCGCUGUUUGUCUGUUAUCUUAUGUUGAGUGCCCUAAUGAGCACGACCUUGUCCACCUCUAGGUGGAGCAUGUAGACAGGAACCCACCCAGCCUGGUGACCAAGCGGAUCCCCAGUACAGUGGAGAACCUCUCGGGGGGACUAGGGGACAAGCAGGGCAUCUACAUCACGUCACGUGACCUCCAGGCCUCUGACCCCGACAGUCCCGCCCAGGAACUGGAGUUCACCAUCACACGGCCGCCUCACUUCGGCUACCUAGAGAACGCCCUCACCGGUAGCUCCAUUUCUUCGAAUUGAAUCAACUUUAUAGAUAAACAGAGGGGAAAUUAGAUUCAUUAUUUCCAUUUGUUGUGUGUUUUUUUAAUUAACUUUUAAAUAUACUUACCUAAUUGGGUAUGUUGAGGGAGAGGUGGUAGUGUUUGAGGAUAUUGUAUGUUCAGUCAAAUAUCUAGAUUGUAACAUGUACGUUACCCCUUUCUUGAAGGUACAAUCUGUAGCUGUCAUUUCCAGACAAAAGUGCAGCUUUUUUAUGUCCGUCUGUGGAUACAAAGCAAGUCUUGGUGCCAUUUGAAAGUACAGUACCUUGCAAUGAUCUACAGUAGCAGUGAAUACAUCAGGGUGAUAGUAAAGUGUUCUGUAGUAGAUGUGUGCAGUGUAGUGACAGCUUUUUCUCUGUUCUUUGUGUGCUUGCCUAGGGGCGUACAUCAAAGGACGCUUCACCCAGAGGGAUUUGCAGCAGCGCGCCGUGCGCUAUGUCAUCCCCACCGACAUGGAGGUGACAGGGGACAGCUUUGAGUUCCGCGUCACUGACCCCGCGGGAAACACCAUGCUGCCUGAAAUGUAGGUUUUAUUCCAUUGGUACAUACAGUAUUACUUCAACUACCCCGUACCCCUGCACAUUGACUCGGUACCGGUACUCCGUGUAAAUAGAUAGCCUCGUUAUUGUUAUUUUAUUGAGUUACUAUUUCUUAAAUUUUUGGCUAAUAUUUUCUUACUUUUUAACUCUGCAUUGUUGGGAAAGGGCUCAUAAGUAAGCAGUUCACGGUACAAAAAAAGUUUGAGAGACACUGUCUUAUACUACAUAGAUGGAUUCGGAGGUGGGCACUUUCUGUGCACAGUUAUAGUGGGUACAGUAGACCGAUUCACACACAGCUUAGAAUCUUCCCAAAUGUCACGACUGAUACCAUAUAAAAAUAACCUGUUCCCAGAUCUGAAUGUACUGUAUGUCAAUGGUAUGACAAUGAUAGUCAGAGUUUGCUAAAGCACAUACAGAUGGGACCAGGGUAAAAUAAAUAGUCUAGCCACGCUUUACCUCUCCUGUCCACUCUUGACCCCACCUGUGGCCUGUCUAGCAGACUGGAGCUGACGUGGUCUCGGGUGGAGCUGUCGGCUACGUGCUACCGGGUAUGUGAGAACGCAGGCAUGCUGCAGGUGCAGCUGACGCGCAGUGGGAAAAGCAUGGACCCGGCCUACAUUGCUAUUCAGGUACAGUAGAGUAGUGUCCUGAACACAACUCACAACAGUCAACUGAACAGCCAUGCUGUGGACUAGAGCAGCUAGGGUCAACGUCUGGUGGUAAAGUUGUAUACGUUUAAUUGAAUGGGACUUGAAUCUAAGUCUGAGAAGGUCAACCCCUCUUUCUCUGUUUCAGGUGGAAGAGGGUACUGCCAAGGUGGGGAAAGAUUUCACCCACAGCACGGCCAGUCUGAUCCAGUUCGAUCCAGGUCUGUGAUGAUCCACAUCAAAGGGUGGCCAACCCUGCUCCUGUGGGGGUGGGAUUAGUUGAAAUACCUGUAAUAAUGUUAUUAGUUGAUAUAGCUACCUCCUCUUCUCUCUCCCUGUAUAACUGACUAGGAGUCAAUGUGAAAACCUGGAACAUUUACCUGAAAGACGACAGCCUGGAAGAAAACCAUGAGAUGUUCACUGUGGUUCUGAAUGCCCCCAAGAACACUGUUCUGGGUCAGAGGAACUCAGCCAGUGUGGAGAUAGUGGAUCCUAGAGGAGGUAAGUUAAGAAUGAUACAGUAAUUGUAUAUAUAGUACAGUAGGCUGAGGGCUGUAUUCUGAUGCCUGUAAUGCUCUGUACUCUGACUUGCUGUAAGCCUUCCUAGGCAGCAGAGGGCGCAUGUUAGCCAUGGUUAAUUGGAACAUUUUAUAUGCUGAUGCAGAGUGAUGUUUAAAUGCCAUGCAUGUGUGACGGUCUGGGUUUUGAACAUGGGGCGUCUGCGUGCCACAAGACUGUGUGACCUGAAUGUGUCUAAUAAGUACACUCAUUUGUAAUUUUCUGUUUCAAACCGUUUCCUUUCUCUUGUUGUACUUUACUGGAUGUAACCCAGGGUCAUGUUCAUUAGGCACCAAACGGAAGAAAGCAGACUGAAACAGGAAGGAACACUUGUUGUUAUUUUCCACUGAAGAACAGUUUGAAAUAUUUUCCGUUGUGUGCCCUAAUGAACAUGACCCUGGUUUCUCUGUCGCUCUCUCUCGCACUUUCUCUCUACAGGAAUGUGUGACCCAGAGGACCUGAGGGUUGAGGAAGAUGAAAAAGGAGCACCUUCAACCCCUCAUGUCCCCCAGUCCCCACAGCUAGAGGAGCACGUCACUGACAUUGAAACAGACCUGCUGUGGGAGAGCCGCCCCCAUCCACCCAGGGGGGACGUGCCCAACCGGAGGCCCUUCCUGGACUACGGGGAAGGAGAGAGGGAGCCCCAGGACCAGGCCCAGGCUACCCAGUUUCACAGCCAGGCCACCAGACAACUCAGACUGCAGGGCAGCAGCAACAGUAAUAGCAACAGUCGCACGGUGAGCCUCAGAGUUUCACAAGUAACUUAAUUGGAGCCAAUUUGUUUGAAUGGAGCAUUUAUUUUUAGAGGAACUGAUGUGAAACUUUGGAGAUUCGAUUGAUAUUAAAAUGAUGUCUGUGGAAGAGAGUUGUCGAAGCCAGACAUAAACUUGCCGUUUACUAUGGACUGGUUGUAGAAUUUCCUUAUUUGCUCCUGAAGGGAAUAUGUUAAAUUCAACAUUGUGUUUUUAUGAAUAGUGCCAGCAUCUAUACUGCAUGUUAGCUGUCUCUCCUCUGUGAUUCUAGGUCUUUCAUUCAGGUGUCAAGAGAAAGAGUGAAGAGAAAGUCUGGACGGUAAGACCUUUCUAUAUACUGUAAGCCUCACAACUUUGGAAGGAGAGAGGUCAGUCGACUCCUGAUACGUGCACUCGCUACCUAAGUGCAAUAUACCUUUCCUGUCCAAAUUUCUGAACAUUGUUUUUAAUUUCUCAUGAUAACAGCAUGCUCUGGUUUAGUGCACACUGCCACAACAUGGUCAAGCUGUUGCAUUUAUCAGGAGUUGACUGUACAGUCUGAUGUUUACAUACACCUUAGCCAAAUGCAUUUAAACUCAGUUUUUCACAAUUCCUGACAUUUAAUCCUAGUAAUAAUUCCCUGUCUUACGUCAGUUAGGAUCACCACUUUAUUUUAAGAAUGUGAAAUGUCAGAAUAAUAGUAGAGAGAAUGACUGACUUAUUUCAGCUUUUAUUUCUUUCAUCACAUUCCCAGUGGGUCGGAAGUUUACAUACACUCAAUUAGUAUUUGGUAGCAUUGCCUUUAAAUUGUUUAACUUGGGUCAAACGUUUCGGGCAGCCUUCCACAAGCUUCCCACAAUAAGUUUGGUGAAUUUUGGCCCAUUCCUCCUGACAGAGCUGGUGUAACUGAGUCAGGUUUGUAGGCCUCCUUGCUCGCACACGUUUUUUCAGUUCUGCCCACACAUUUUCUAUAGGAUUGAGGUCAGGGCUUUGUGAUGGCCACUCCAAUACCUUGACUUUGUUGUCCUUAAGCCAUUUUGCCACAAUUUUAGAAGUAUGCUUGGGGUCAUUGUCCAUUUGGAAGACCCAUUUGCGACCAAGCUUUAACUUCCUGACUGAUGUCUUGAGAUGUUGCUUCAAUAUAUCCACAUAAUUUUCCUUCCUCAUGAUGCCAUCUAUUUUGUGAAGUGCACCAGUCCCUCCUGCAGCAAAGCACCCCCACAGCAUGAUGCUGCCACCCCCGUGCUUCACGGUUGGGAUGGUGUUCUUCGGCUUGCAAGUAUCCCCCUUUUUCCUCCAAACAUAACAAUGGUCAUUAUGGCCAAACAGUUCUAUUUUUGUUUCAUCAGACCAGAGGACAUUUCUCCAAAAAGUACGAUCUUUGUCCCCAUGUGCAGUUGCAAACCGUAGUCUGGCUUUUUUAUGGCGGUUUUGCAGCAGUGGCUUCUUCUUUGCUGAGCGCCCUUUCAGGUUAUGUUGAUAUAGGACUCAAUUUACUGUGGAUAUAGAUACUUUUGUACCUGUUUCCUCCAGCAUCUUCACAAGGUCCUUUGCUGUUGUUCUGGGAUUGAUUUGCACUUUUCGCACCAAAGUUAGUUCAUCUCUAGGAGACAGAACGCGUCUCCUUCCUGAGCGGUAUGACGGCUGCGUGGUCCCAUGGUGUUUAUACUUGCGUACUAUUGUUUGUACAGAUGAACGUGGUACCUUCAGGUAUUUAGAAAUUGCUCCCAAGGAUGAACCAGACUUGUGGAGGUCUACCAUUUUUUUACCUGAGGUCUUGGCUGAUUUCUUUUGAUUUUCCCAUGAUGUCAACCAAAGAGGCACUGAGUUUGAAGGUAGGCCUUGAAAUACAUCCACAGGUACACCUCCAAUUGACUCAAAUUAUGGCAAUUAGCCUAUCAGAAGCUUCUAAAGCCAUGACAUCAUUUUCUGGAAUUUUCCAAGCUGUUUAAAGGCACAGUCAACGUAGUGUAUGUAAACUUCUGACCCACUGGAAUUGUGAUACAGUGAAUUAUAAGUUAAAUAAUCUGUCUGUAAACAAUUGUUGAAAAAAUGACUUGUGUCAUGCACAAAGUAGAUGUCCUAACCGACUUGUUAACAAGACAUUUGUGGAGUGGUUGAAAAACAAGUUUUAAUUACUCCAACCUAAGUGUAUGUAAUCUUCCGACUUCAACUGUAUACAGUGGGGAAAAAAAGUUUUUAGUCAGCCACCAAUUGUGCAAGUUCUCCCACUUAAAAAGAUGAGAGAGGCCUGUAAUUUUCAUCAUAGGUACACGUCAACUAUGACAGACAAAUUGAGAAGAAAAAAAUCCAGAAAAUCACAUUGUAGGAUUUUUAAUGAAUUUAUUUGCAAAUUAUGGUGGAAAAUAAGUAUUUGGUCACCUACAAACAAGAUUUCUGGCUCUCACAGACCUGUAACUUCUUCUUUAAGAGGCUCCUCUGUCCUCCACUCGUUACCUGUAUUAAUGGCACCUGUUUGAACUUGUUAUCAGUAUAAAAGACACCUGUCCACAACCUCAAACAGUCACACUCCAAACUCCACUAUGGCCAAGACCAAAGAGCUGUCAAAGGACACCAGAAACAAAAUUGUAGACCUGCACCAGGCUGGGAAGACUGAAUCUGCAAUAGGUAAGCAGCUUGGUUUGAAGAAAUCAACUGUGGGAGCAAUUAUUAGGAAAUGGAAGACAUACAAGACCACUGAUAAUCUCCCUCGAUCUGGGGCUCCACGCAAGAUCUCACCUCGUGGGGUCAAAAUGAUCACAAGAACGGUGAGCAAAAAUCCCAGAACCACACGGGGGGACCUAGUGAAUGACCUGCAGAGAGCUGGGACCAAAGUAACAAAGCCUACCAUCAGUAACACACUACGCCGCCAGGGACUCAAAUCCUGCAGUGCCAGACGUGUCCCCCUGCUUAAACCAGUACAUGUCCAGGCCCGUCUGAAGUUUGCUAGAGUGCAUUUGGAUGAUCCAGAAGAGGAUUGGGAGAAUGUCAUAUGGUCAGAUGAAACCAAAAUAGAACUUUUUGGUAAAAACUCAACUCGUCGUGUUUGGAGGACAAAGAAUGCUGAGUUGCAUCCAAAGAACACCAUACCUACUGUGAAGCAUGGGGGUGGAAACAUCAUGCUUUGGGGCUGUUUUUCUGCAAAGGGACCAGGACAACUGAUCCGUGUAAAGGAAAGAAUGAAUGGGGCCAUGUAUCGUGAGAUUUUGAGUGAAAACCUCCUUCCAUCAGCAAGGGCAUUGAAGAUGAAACGUGGCUGGGUCUUUCAGCAUGACAAUGAUCCCAAACACACCGCCCGGGCAACGAAGGAGUGGCUUCGUAAGAAGCAUUUCAAGGUCCUGGAGUGGCCUAGCCAGUCUCCAGAUCUCAACCCCAUAGAAAAUCUUUGGAGGGAGUUGAAAGUCCGUGUUGCCCAGCGACAGCCCCAAAACAUCACUGCUCUAGAGGAGAUCUGCAUGGAGGAAUGGGCCAAAAUACCAGCAACAGUGUGUGAAAACCUUGUGAAGACUUACAGAAAACGUUUGACCUGUGUCAUUGCCAACAUAGGGUACAUAACAAAGUAUUGAGAAACUUUUGUUAUUGACCAAAUACUUAUUUUCCACCAUAAUUUGCAAAUAAACUCAUAAAAAAUCCUACAAUGUGAUUUUCUGGAUUUUUCUUUUCUCAUUUUGUCUGUCAUAGUUGACGUGUACCUAUGAUGAAAAUUACAGGCCUCUCUCAUCUUUUUAAGUGGGAGAACUUGCACAAUUGGUGGCUGACUAAAUACUUUUUUUCCCCACUGUAUAUGUGUCACCAUGUUUCACAUUUUAUUGUGUCCCCACUCUCCACUAGUUCCAUGCACUCACCCCACUGAGACUCGAGGAAAGGAGGCUGCCGAUUCCUGAGCCCAUCCCCCAGGUGCACCCGGACCUCCAGGUGACCCCCAUCUGGAGCUGGUCUGGCCACAGGGAGUUCCUCCACGAGGUCAGGGUGGGGGAUGCCCCCCAGGAGGACGCCCCUGUACCCUCGGCCAAACAACACAGGGCUGGACGCCAGCGCAAGGUGAGGGCAUUGUUUUAACUAAAGGGGGGGGCUAGGGGGGUUGGGUGCAAUGUUUCCUCUAAGCUGCACACAUGCACACAGUAGCCGAGACUGCCAUGCAGCUCCCCGGAACUGCUGCACAGAAAUAUAAGCCCACCGAGAGAGGCACGAGAUUGAACUUCACUCAACUUUCUAGAGCAGUGGUCCCCAACAUUGCCAAACAUUUCUGUAAAAAAAAAAGCAACGAUAAAGCAUUGUGUUCCUAAUUUUGUUUUUAUUCGUCUCGGGCUGUUGGCGGUAGGUGCACCCGAAUCAGCUGACCUGUGCGCCGGGUAGGCGAACUGUUGCCAUUUUGAACCAUUUAAUGUGUCUGAAGGUACAAACUCUGCCUUCCCGGUGGGCCGAGAGAGCAAAUCAAGCCUACGGCUGGCCAAUCGGAUGGCUCAGAUGACCGUGUCUGCAGUAAAGUAGCAGGCAUAAAAGAAAGCAACAGCAAAGUUGAUACUUUGAGAUUUCAAAACGUUUAAAACCAUGACUAGAGAGAGACUUUCAACGAAUACAGCGAAGAGAUGCUGUUUUUAUGAGUGAGUUAAUGUUUAGUUCUUACUCAACACUGUUAACUACUUUGUAUUCAACUCUUUUAUAAGCCAUAAAAUGCACGUUCUUCCUAUUAUAUGAAUGAGUAGGAAAGUGUAUCUAUUGGCUUGCGUUGUUGUUAUUAUUAGCGGCUUGGGUCUUUUUUAAUAUCUAGGAAUAUUUCACUUUCUCUGUUCAUAGGAGUAAUAACAUGAAUUUGUGCAAGAGGCAGAAAUAAUGCGGUGCCACUCGAGUUUCCCCAUCAACUGGAAGACGGUGUCUCUUUUUGGUAAGGGAGAGUUGAGGGUCUGCUGCUCUCUCCCUCCUCUGAGACUGACCAUCAGAUGCAGCCACCAUCAGCCCAAUAAAAUAAAAAUAAAAAGCAAAUUAUUUAAACGUAUGCUCACUCAGCUGUGCUUCACAAGUAAUACAACAACAGAUCUAUUACCGGUGUGAUCAUAUAGCCUACCUCAAAUGUUUUAAAAUGUCCCGAACAACAAUGCAUUGGCAGGGCAAUUCAAGCAAAGACAAUAUGCGGAGAUAAUGUAUUGGCAGUGGCGUGUAUUCAUGGUGCCAAGGGAAGCCAGGCUUCCCCAGAAAAUGGACCAAGUAAAACAAUAAUGUAUCUUUCGUCUCUCUGUUUCAUAAUUUUCCUUCAAUUCGCAAGAGGCUGAAUGUAUCUCACAGGAGAAAGCAUCCGAGCGAGCACAACAGCACACCUCUGUCUCUCUACUUGUAGGCCAUCUAGCUGAUGCUGUCUGGUCCAAACGAGUAUGACAUUGUUGCUGCCCGUAGCAUUGAGGGCAAGGGAAGCCAGCGAGCAUCUGGCCUCCCUUGACAAUUUUUUAAAUAAGAAAUGUGCCAAUCAGCAUUGAGAUAAACUGAGCGAGCUCAACUGUGAAUGGUCCUGGCGCACCCAAAAAAAUUGUCAAGGGAAGCCAGCUUGGAUUUGGCGCCACUCCUAUCAAAUCCCAUUGAGAGCAUACAUCAUUGACAGAAAAACUUGAAUUGUUGCAUCUCAUUGUGUUGUUGUCCUCUGGUGCUCUAGCUGAAAUUGGCCCUUUCCUAAAUUAGCCAUAGAUGGAGAUAGGGAAUUGGACUUAUGAUUCUGAUCCAACCAGUAAUUCAUACAUUGUUGUGCCCCUGGCUUGAGAGGAUGGAAGUUCAAUAUGUAGCUAGAUGUCGAAGGCUAAUGUUAACUAGCUAACGUUGCCCAUGAAUGGAAGUUAGGCUAGUGAGCAAGCAUUUUAGCCAGGUUGCCUAGGACAACAAAAAAUUUAAGUUUGUACUGUAUGACAGAGUGAUAAAUUGUUUCGUCAACAUGGAAGAGAGGAGAAUGGCAUUGGCGAGUGAACAUGUUUUUCUACUUGCACAAUGCACACACACACAGAAAUCUGUUGGUAUCUUGUAGUUGUCACUGUAUUAGACUAAGCAUAGGUGAUUUGAUGAUGUUGAAAUUGUGCUGGAAAUAGUGGAGGCAGCUCCUGUUUUCUAUGCGACUUGCGGUAACUCUCUGUGGUUCUAAAUCAAUGCUUGUUUAGUUGUCCGAAAAUGUCGGAAACAUGAACUUGCUUGACCAUGCUGUAGGUCAUGUAACUGUCUGUUACUGUACAUGCAAUAUGAUUUGUGGACUUCACUGGACAGAGGGUGCUAUCUGGUUUUGUGAUAAAACAAAGGUGUGGUUGUCUCGGCCUUUAGGCCUAUAUAUCACUGUCGCAAGGCAUAUGAAUUAACAGGUUAUAGAGCAAACAACGCAAUUAUCACAACAUAUAGGUUGUAAUAUGGCUUUUUUGUGGGGGGGGCUUCCCCAAUAAUUUUACCCACGCACCACUACUGUGUAUUGGGCCUAUAGCUUACUGCACAAACCUCAUUGCUACAGUACUGUUUUUAAUUGGUUAAUGUUGCAUAGGCUUACGUUUUUUAAGUCAUGUUAAAAAAAAAUCUGAGCGGUGGAUCUCGACUUGCAUUUUGACUCAAAGUGAUUUUGACUCAGAAAAGGUUGGUGACCACUGUUCUAGAGUUUUCCCUGUUAACACUAUCAACGUUUCCCUUUACUGUGGCAAUUGUGAUCGAAUCAAUGCAAUAUUAGCCACUUUCAAUGCAACAUACCGAAACAAAACAAACUAUAUAUGCAAGAGAUGAGGCAGAACGUAUCGGAGUAGGAUUCUAUUGCAUUGACAUGCACUACUCAGCCCGUACUCUACACAGACCGGUGUGGCAUAAACAAUCAGAGCUGCAGUAGGCCUAUAUGCAAAUAGACCAUUGCCAUAUAUGGAUUUGUGCCAUUUACUUUGAACUGAUUUGUGUUUACAGCAUGAGCGGUCGUGAGUAGAUGCACUUGUUUUGAGAUCAAAGCGAGACCUGCAUGAAGCCACGUGUGCACAUUUUGUUCAUAGCCUUUGCUAGUUAGUGAGUUAUUAGCCCAGUUAUAUAUCAUUUGUAGUCAGUAAUAGGGGAGUGAUUGCUUCCUACAAGAGCACAAAAUGUGUACAUUUCUAGACAUCUUUGAAAAGCGAGCCAGGUAAAGGGGCAGUGUUGUAUUUUGAGACAGGCUUAUAUAAGAUAAGUAGCCAAUAGGCAGAGGAUAGCAUAAUUUUACUGAUUCUCUGUAAUAAUGGUAUGGGAAUAAUAAUGCAUUUUAUUUUGUAAAGUGGUUUCUUGCAUCAAACAACACCACAACAUGUUCAGUCACCUCCUUGUCUGAAAGACAAGUGGAUAAACAGGGUACUGUCAAGCCCUGCAUGUUUUUUUUUCAAAAGUCUCAUGGAAUGUAGGCCUACAUUGAACACCACACAUUGGCUGCUACUGUAGGCUGAAAGAUAGAACAGCUAUUUCCAUGUUAAAAUGUUAUGAGAUGUAUUUUCUCCAUUGUUUUUGAUGGUAGGCCACUCUGGUAGGCCUACAUUAUGAUCAAAUUGCCACAGUAGCCUACAUGGCCACUGUUAAAACUGUAACUUAAAGCAGGUACAGCCUCAGUGUUCACAGUAAACGGGUGCUGGAAGUUGCAUUGAAUUUUCACAAUGUUAAAGUUUGCACUCAGCAGACCUGAAAUGUACUCAGUGCUGAAAAAAAUUAGAGGGAACAUUGGUUGGGUGUUUUGGAUGGAGACACACUGGGACUGACUGGCAAUCUCAAAGCCCAGGAGAGUCUUAGUGUAGUUAUAAUCAAAUAGUCCAGUCUCGAGACCACAUAUUGAGUGUUUCGGUCUUGUCUCUGUUUUUUUAUUUAACCUUUAUUUAAUUAGGCAAGUCAGUUAAGAACAAAUUACGGCCUACUUGUAAAGCACCCCGGCCAAACCCUCCCCUAACCCGGAUGACACUGGGCCAAUUGUGCGCCGCCCUAUGGGACUCCCGAUCACGGCCGGUUGUGAUAAAGCCCGGGAUCGAACCCGAGUACAAAUAUCGGAUACGUUUGUACUCGGUCUUGACUCGAUCUCGGACAGUGAGGACUCGUAAUUUCUUUCCGAGACCAGCCGAGUAAAAAACUCAUAAUUAUCAGCUUCCAUUCAGUCAGCGCAUAAAACCGCUUCGCCAGGACAAAUAUAUACACUCCUUUCUUGAAGCAUUAAUACCUUAACAACCUUUAUAUCUAUUAUAGACAUGUUUGCGCAGUAGCGAAUCUAUUCGCCUUCAGUGUGUGACAGGUUCGUGAUUCUGAAAGGACAGCAACCGUAAUACCAGCGCACUCAUGUAGGAGAGUUCACUUUUUGUAAAACACAUAUGGCCAUGGCAGUGGUGUAGUGGAGGGUAUACGCAGGUAUAAGCCGUAUACCCACUUUCUUUCAGUGGGCAUUGCUUACACUCACAUCUUAAUCCCUACUGAUGCGCAUUAAAGUAGUGUAGUGGAGGUAUACGACUUAUCAAUUAUGAAGUACAAUACAGAAAUCAUGUACAAAGUAGCCUACACAAUCUCAAAGCACUGUCACGCCCUGGCUCUGGGGACUAUGUUAUGUUGAGCCAGGGUAUGUAGUCUAUGUUUGUAUAUCUAUGUGGGCCUGAGUGACUCCCAAUCAGAGGCAACGAGUGUCAGCUGGUUGUCUCUGAUUGGGAGCCAUAUUUAACUAUCGGUCUUUUCACUUUGUGUUGUGGUUUCUUGUUCCUUUUGGUUUUUGUGUAUCGAAGGACUUCACGUUUCGUUCGUUGUUUUGAUCGGGUGAUCUGUUUAAUAAAUAAUAUGUACGCAUUCAACGCUGCACAUUGGUCCUCCUCCUUAAGCGAUCGUGACAGAAGAAACCACCAUAACAGGACCAAGCAGCAUGAAGAAGAGAGAGGAUGGACUUGGGAGCAGUGGAGUAGGAGUCUCAACUGGGCCCAGCCAAGCGAAGAGCAGAAAGGUUGGACUUUGAAGCAGUGGAGUGAGAGUCUGGCGAGAACUAGGGAGGCCUGGUCCACGGGGAGGAGAGAACCCCAGAAAAUUUUUAGGGGGGGGGCUCACGACGUGGACGACGGGGCAGCCGGAGGCCGCGAUGGAGCGGUCCAGCGGGUGUGCAGAGGAGGCCGCCAGGUUAAGGGGGCCACUGGUCACAGAGGAGAGGGAAAGUGUGGAGGCACGGCGAGAGGUACUGGGGUGUAUUACCAGUCCGGUCCGGCCCGUUCCUGAUCCCUGCAUAGGGCCAGUGGCGUGUGUCCCCAGUACGGUUCGGCCUGUUCCUGCCUCUCGCACCGAGCCUGUGGUGCGCGUCGUCAGCCCUGUCCGGCCCGUUCCUGCUCUCCGUACCAAGUCGGUGGUGCGCGUCGCCAGCCCGGUCCGGCCCAUUCCUGCUCCCCGCACCAAGUCUGUGGUGCGUUUCGUCAGCCCGGAUCGGCCCGUUCCUGCUCCCCGCACCAAGUCAGGGGUGCGCUUCGACAGCCCGGCUCGGCCCGCUCCUGCUCCCCACACCAAGCCAGUGGUGUGCGUCGUCAGCCCGGCUCGGCUCGUUCCUGCUCCCCGCACCAAGUCAGGGGUGCGCUUCGACAGCCCGGCUCGGCCCGCUCCUGCUCCCCACACCAAGCCAGUGGUGUGCGUCGUCAGCCCGGCUCGGCUCGUUCCUGCUCCCCGCACCAAGUCAGGGGUGCGCUUCGUCAGCCCUGUCCGGCCCGUUCCUGCUCUCCGCACCAAGUCUGUGGUGCGCGUCGUCAGCCCGGUUCGGCCCGUUCCUACUCCACGCACCAAGCCUACGGUGUGCGUCGACAGCCCAGCCCGGCCCGUUCCUGCUCUCCGCACCAAGUUUGUGGUGCGCGUCGCCAGCCCAGUCCGGCCCAUCCAAGCUCCCCGCACCAAGCCAGUGGUGUGCGUCGUCAGUCCGGCACGGCCCGUGCCUGCUCUCCGCACCAAGUCUGUGGUGCGUUUCGUCAGUCCAGCACAACCCGUGCCUGGGUCAUGUCCGGAGCCGGAUCCGCCGCCGAGGCGGAGUGCCCACCCGGUCCCUCCCCUGUUGUGGUUGUUUGGCGCGGUCGGAGUCCGCGCCUUUGGGGGGGGGGGUACUGUCACGCCCUGGCUCUGGGGACUAUGUUAUGUUGAGCCAGGGUAUGUAGUCUAUGUUUGUAUAUCUAUGUGGGCCUGAGUGACUCCCAAUCAGAGGCAACGAGUGUCAGCUGGUUGUCUCUGAUUGGGAGCCAUAUUUAACUAUCGGUCUUUUCACUUUGUGUUGUGGUUUCUUGUUCCUUUUGGUUUGUGUGUAUCGAAGGACUUCACGUUUCGUUCGUUGUUUUGAUCGGGUGAUCUGUUUAAUAAAUAAUAUGUACGCAUUCAACGCUGCGCAUUGGUCCUCCUCCUUAAGCGAUCGUGACAAGCACGUGAAAUAUAUUCACAUCCGCGCCGCACACAUAGCCUAGUUUCAGCAGAAUAUCAUCUGCAGGCAGUAAGAGUGUGCAGCUCUCAACUGGUUUUGGCAUGGUGCAGCUCACAGAAGAAUGAUAUCUACCAGUAAAUGCUAACUAGGGAAACAAUGGGUAUGCAAACCCAGUAUUGAAAAAGUUUAGUCAGGAGUGUUGGUUAGUAGGCUAUUUGUAAUGCGCAGUUGUCAUCAUGCGUUUGCAUCAGGGGCGUAAAUGUGGAUGGGCCUGGGUGUGCAGAGGCCCACCCAUUGGGGAGCUAGGCCCUGGCAGGCCCACCCAAUCAGAUUGAUGUGGUUUAAGCAUUGUUGUGGACUUAGACCAUCACAGUUUUGUAUUUUUUCUAUGAGUGAAAAUCAGAAAAAUCUAUAGGAAAAAUCAUAAAAAAUCAUAGGAAAACAUACGAUUUUUCACACAGGGUGCCUUUCCUUCGCUGGGCAGGCCGUUUGGGAACUUUUGGGCAAAAUUAGAGUAUACCCACUUCUCCAUGCACCACUACACCACUGUAUAGGGCCGAUGGAAAGACAGCAGUCACACAGAGCAUGAUGUUAAAGGAUAAACAGUCCAUCAACUCUGACAUAAUAAGCCAAUAGGUCCCAAUCAUAAGAAUACAAAAACGCAACCAUUAAGCAUUUCCCAAUCGACAUUUACAACAUUUAAUGUCUAGCACAUAAAGUAACCGGUGACCUAAAGUUUAAAGUGGAACUGACAGCGUUUUACCUACUUUGCAGUUAUGAAACAAACAGACAAUCAUAAUAUUAGUAAAAAAUAUCAAAUUCCCAGUUUAUGCUACAAAACCAACUUUAUAAGAGGUUUUAAAAAUAGGUUCUAUUUGACUCAACAUUCCAUGUCGGUAAGGCAUUGUUGGCAGACUAGGUCUCUGACCCCUUGUCUCCCUCCCGGUCUCGGUCUUGACUCGGUCUCUCCCCUCCUCCGGUCUCGGUCUUGACUCGGUCUCUCCCCUCCUCUGGUCUUGGUCUUGAAUCGGUUUUCGCUUUAGGUGGUCUCGAACACAACACUGUUUAGAACAACCAUUCAUUCAUUCUCUCUCUCCUUCCCUGUAUGGCCCAGGCUGGGAAGUCAGUGAGCACUUCCUGCCCCACGGGUUGGAGCCACUACAGGAGGCACUGCUACAUCCUGAGCCCUGGUGUGGCCAGCUGGAGCAGUGCUCAACGGGCCUGCACCUUACUGUAAGAACACCUACAUUACAUGUACUACCUAUGGGCCCAGGUCAAAAGUAGUAGGCUACCACUAUAUAAGGAAUAUCUCUAGUAGCCAUUCUGUUGGUUCUGGAGAAUAGGUGAUCCGCCUAUGCACUAACUCUACUAAUGUUCUGUUUUUAAUGCUCUUUCUAAGGUUUGACAGCAAUCUAACAAGUGUCCAGUCGAAAAAAGACAUGGCGUGGUUAUGGAAAUUUGCUGGGAAACAGGCAUUUUGGAUCGGUAAGGGGAACAUCGCUACAUUCUCUGUUAGCAAAUUCUCUUACAGCAGAACACAGAGUUUUAUUAUUUUUCCUGAAUACUUGUUUCAUAUGUUUACAGGCCUGUCAGGCAGCCCAGGACAUUGGACCUGGACGGACGGAAAAUCCCUGUCAUUCUCCAGACUCAAGAAGGACCGAGCCCAAGAGCAGCAGCCUGAGAGUGCUGCCUCUAGUUCUAUGUGUGUGUUAGCCCAAAGCCAGAAAACAUGGACACCCAUGACCUGCACCACGGCACCAGAACGCAGAUACAUUUGCUCAUCGCCUGCACAGAGUCAC